CCUCUUACGGCGGCGGCAUUAGUAAUUUUCUGCUGUGCAUGGUGGUGCUGGGGUAUGAAAUUCACCAAAAUAAACCCACAUCUACCACUUGGUCUUUUAGGCUUGCCUAUAAUAGGAAACCUUCCCUUCAUUAAAGUCGAAUUGCACCGUUACUUUUCGGACCUGUCUCGGAUCUAUGGUCCCAUCUUCAAACUUCGGAUGGAGAGCGUGUUUGCAAUAGUCAUAAACUCGCCUUCACUUGCCAAUGAGGUCCUCAAAAUUCAGGAUGCCAUCUUUGCUAACCAUGACGUUCCAGCAGCCGCUGUGGUCGGCACAUUUGGUGGACUCAACAUCUUAUGGACACCCAACGGUCCUAGAUACAACCGGCCGCGUAAGCUUGUUAUUUGCGAAAUCAUGAGUAAACAAAGCUUGGAUGCUUGCUACGUGCUUCAUCGACGGGAGGUUCGACGAAUGGUGAAGGAGAUUUACGGAAAAGUUGGUUCCUAAGUUAACAUAUAUCAACAAUUAUCAGUAACCGUUCUACGAGUGAUGAUGUGCACGCUAUGGGGUGAUGCAUCGUAAGAUUUGAUUGAGAUGAGGAAACGAUUGGAUGAACUUAUAAGAACAUUUGCAGCAGCGAACGUUUUUGAUCUUUUCCCAAUUCUCGCCCCAUUUGAUUUACAAGGAAUUGAAUCCAAAGCGAAGGAGCAAUUGUCGUGGUUUUAUGGGGUUUUUGAAUCAAUGAUAAAGAACCGAAGAAACAUUGGAGAUGAUGGAAAAGAAAAGGAAAAAAUUAGCAAAGAUUUUAUGCAGCAAUUGUUGGAACUGCACUACCGUGGAGAUGAUAAAAACUCUUUAUCCAUCAACGAAGUCAAAGCUUUACUUCUGGAUCUGAUGGUCGCCAGUAUAGAUACAAUACCCACUACUGUAGAAUGGACAAUAACCGAACUAUUACGCCAUCCAGAUAAAAUGACGAAACUCAUCGAGGAAUUAGAUACGGUGGUCGGAAACUAGAACAUGAUGGAAGAAUCUCAUAUACCUUAACUUGUCUACUUGGAUGCUAUCAUAAAGGAGACACUUCGUCUUCAA